UCCUCGGCGCGCGACUCCCCGGCGCGGCCCGCCCGGCUCCUCGCGCGCCCGCAACCCCGGCUCCGACGCCUGCUGCGGCCCGGCAGCCACCUAAACAUGGACUCCGCCGGCCAAGAUAUCAGCCUGAACUCUCCUCACAAAGGUCUGCUGUCCGACUCCGUGAUGGACGUCCCUGUUGAUGCAGGCGUGGCUGCCCGGACCCCUGCUGCCGAGGGCCUGACGGAGGCUGAGGAAGAGGAGCUGAGGGCUGAGCUCACCAAGGUGGAAGAGGAAAUCAUCACUCUGCGUCAGGUCCUGGCCGCCAAGGAGAGGCACUGUGGGGAGCUGAAGAGGAAGCUGGGCCUCUCCGCCCUGGACGGGCUACGGCAGAACCUGUCCAAGAGCUGGCACGACAUGCAGGGCUCCAGCGCCUAUAUGAAAACUUCUGAGAAACUUGGGGAGUGGAAUGAAAAAGUGACCCAGUCUGACCUCUACAAGAAGACUCAAGAAACACUCUCCCAGGCAGGACAGAAGACUUCGGCUGCCCUGUCCACUGUCGGCUCCGCAAUCAGCAGAAAGCUUGGCGACAUGAGUCUAAAGUUGUCGGCGGCAGAGAGAACGGCAGAGACAACCUUCCUUCUCCGACAGGAUGCGGCGACAAGCCCCUGCCCGACCACACCCCUUUCUAAGCCCCAGCAGCUUUGCCCAGCCAUGGAACGUGUGCAAGCACCCCUGAACCCAUCACAAUUGCAACUCUGUGCAACAGGAACACCCACCAGCCCCCGGUGGGAAAGGAUCGGGCCUGUGUGAGGACACGCUGCCAGGCCGCAUGGGUCAGCGCGCAGCCUGGGAUGCAGGCAUUUUACACUAAGGUUUGCAGAUGGGGCAGAUAACUGUGCCAUCCUUCCUGGGGGUGCAGGAAGUGGACAGGCGGUGAAUCCUCAGGGGUCUUGAGCCAGCACCCACACUCUCUCUUGGAAUCUCAUGAGCACAUCAGGAUGGUAGAGGAAUGGGAAGAGCUGUGAGUGUAGAUAGUGCCCUUUCCUGACUUCUCCUCCUCCUCCGCCUCCCAAGCCCAGGAGUGCAGUCACCCAGAGAGCUCUGCUUGAGCUGUAGUUUUUAUUUCAAAAUGUGGAACAAGAAAACUGUCCAUUUUCUCUGAGAUCCCCAGGAAGGAAACUAGUAUUAGCAGCCUAAUUGUUACACUAAUGAUCUAGCUUUAACAAAAGUAAAUUCUUUAUUUUUUAAACACAGUGGACUUUUCAAAAAUUAAAACGAAGCAAAGCAGCUUUAACCUCACAGAGAA